UUGAGCAAAUCAAUUCACAACAAAAUUAGUGAGUUUUAGUUAUAUAUAGAGAGAAAGUAUGGACGUAAGUAAUGUGCUCCACAUGAAUGGAGGAUUUGGAGAUAACAGUUACGCGAGCAACUCAAUAAUUCAGCAAAAAGUAAUAUCCAUGACUAAGGCAAUAACAGAAGAAGCAGUUACUGGAGUAUAUGGAAACAUGUUCCUCAAGACUAUAUGCAUAGCAGAUCUUGGCUGUUCUUCUGGGCCAAAUACUUUCAUUGUGGUAACUGAGGUUAUGAAAGCAGUGGACAAAAUAAGAAGAAAAUUUGGUCGUCAAUCAUCGCCAGAAUUUCAAAUAUACUUGAACGAUCUUCCUGGAAAUGAUUUUAACUCCAUUUUUCGGUCCUUACCACGGUUUCGUGAAGAAUUAAAAGAGGAACUGGGUUCUGAAUUCGGACAAUGCUUUUUCACUGGGGUGCCUGGUUCAUUCUAUAGCAGGCUUUUUCCUACUGAAAGUCUACAUUUUGUUCAUUCUUCCUACAGUCUUAUGUGGCUAUCUCAAGUAAUUAAACUUCUUGACCCUUUAUUGAGAAUUACAUAGUUAUUAUGUUUUUAACAUGCUCAUGUAAAAUUUAUUAUUUCACUAAAGUCUUAAACAUGCUCAAUUUUUUAUAAAUAAAUAGUGACAAAAUUGAAUGCACUAUGUGUCCUCUCAUCCACAUAUUUGAACAUCAUAUAAAACCAAAUUGCAUAUUAGAUUUAGUUAUUGUCAAAAGCAUGACAUAUGCACAAGUUUAACGAGUGAUGGAAAGUUU